UAUCUUCAUUUUUUUUUCUUAAAUACAUAGACACAUAUUUGGAACAACCAGCCUUUAGUCAUGCUAUUCUGUUCGAAUUUGCUACAUACUUAUUUAAAGGUCAAUAUGAUAAAAAAGUUCUAAAAAAUUUUCUUAGAGAAGAAUCCUUACAGAUGCUCCUUUUUACCAAUGUAUAUUAUUUUUUAUUGAUUUAACUUGCUUUUUCUUAUUUAUCUUUUUAUAAUUUUUAAAGAUUUCAAAAUAAAGAAAUAAAUUAGAUCGAAAUUAAAGUUAAUCUAUAUUUAUAGAAAUUAAAAAGUCGUUAAAAUGAAUAUGUGCAUGUCAGAAGUAAAAUUCUUAAAUAAAAUAUUAGUGAGAAAGUAUAAUAAAAUAUAUUUCGUGUAAAAUAGAUUUGAGCAAAAUAGCAGAGUGAAGUAUCGAGUUAUAAUAUCCCAAGUAUAUAUACCUACGUAUAGUACAGAGGCAAAUUAAAAAGAUACAUAAAGAAAUCUCGUAAAAGUCACGUUUUGGGAAUUUUGAACGCUUUCCAAGUAAAGGUCACGUUCAAACGUAAACAUAAAAGGAGGCGAAUGCCGUUUGGAUUUGGCUGAUACAAACUUAAUAACAUUAUGGAAACGUUUACUUUAUCCUUUAGAUAACCGGAUAAUAGUCAUAGAAACGUAGUAUAAUAUAAAAAAGUUAUUCUCAGCCUUGAAAGACUUUAGAGUCGAACGAUAAAAAACUAUGAUAAAUAGCAAUUAUACAAAAUUGUUUUCAAAUUGACAAAUUAUUUGCUGAUCUUGUCUUUCCAAUUAACAGAUAAUUAGCCGAAGAGCAAACGAUUUUUGUACCAAUUUAUCAUCGUUAACUCAACAUGAUUAUAAUGCGAAUCCGCACGUUUGCCUCCACACUCUUCUGGUGCAUUUUAAUGAAGUAAUUUCUAACGCUUUAUAUAUAAGUUUUGUAUAAUUUUCCUCUCAUAAACUCGAUUUUCUAUAUUUAUUGAGUUUUAUUUUAAUCUAUGCUUAUCGUUACUUUAUCACACAAACAAGAUACACGAAUUUGUCACUAUCUUAUAUUUAAUAAUACCUUUAAUGCCCAACUUUUAAACAAAAAAAUCGAGACAUCGAUAAAGAUGAUCGAGGUGAAACUAUAUAUAUGUAUAAGAGCACAUUUCUUUAAUGUUAUAGAAUAUAAAAUUUAUUUUUAAUUAUAUAACAAAAAUGUUUAUGACUUUAAAUUAUUUUUUUACAAAUUAUACAUUGUUUGCACAUAAUUUGCAACGCUCUUUUCAAAAAUGCGAGGAAUUCCGAAUCUCUCUGCCGUCCGAGACGAGAAGCACAGCUUUUCAAGACGAAUUCAAUGGAAUUCGAUUAUCGCGAUGCCAACGCGACUGGCUGCGAUAAUAGCGAACCAUUCGGAGUGAAGCUGCGCGCGGGUCGACGCACUCACGUCGCGCGACAAACGAACCGCGCCCGUGAGCGAGUCGCGAUUGGCCGGCGGGCUGCGUGACGUGACGCGCCGGGCGGCUACCAAUCCACGGUCGCGUAACGCCGCUGAGCGAGGCCGAGCGGACGGCGGAGCACUUGAUCGGCCUGGCAUCACUGCGGCGGAACAGUGUGGUCACGUAGUCCCAUCGCUCCGCAUGGUGGAUGGAUGUUUCUCUCCCGUUCGGGACACCGGAGUAAAAUGCUGUAAAGUGUGCGUCGUCGCCGUCGCACCGGAGAGGAAGGAGCGCGGACACUUGUCUCUUGUUGGACCCACUUUCGCGCAGAAUACUGGCAUUUGUCAGCUACUUGAAGGCUGUGAGCACGACUGCUGUGCGUCCAGUUUGAGCAGUCGAGACAUCGCAUUAGAGAAAAUUUCUAACGUGAUCCAAGAUGAAGUGGACAUCCGCAACUCCCUUUAAUGAACAGGUCGGCGAGCUCACUCGCGUGUUUUCCCAAUGGAACGAAUGCGAACAGACAGUUGUUCUUUAUGCAUUGCUGCGUAUCAUACCCGCGGUACAGGCAAGGUUUCUCUCACAGGCUAUAGAACACUCUCUGCACUCUGUGGCAGAAUUGGACACCAAGGAGAUAAACGCCAAUAAUCCAAAUUACAUCAACUCAUUGUCAAUGGAGUCGACGGAGAUCGCAAUCAAUCAGCUCUUGACGCAUUUGCCCCUGUUGAAACCUGGGAAUAUUGAGUGCAAGAACAGCUAUCUGGUAGCGAUACCAGAAUUAGUAAACCAUUGUGUGAGCACGGGACAAUACACGGAACAGACACAGCAACUUUUAAGCUACACUCUGAUACACCCAGCCAUAACUGGUCAAGACAGACGACUUUUAACUCAAUGGCUCAGAGAUCUGGAGGAUCGUAUUAGCAGUACACCACCAGUUACCAGUUUUGAAGAUUAUCCAAAUGCUUCAAUGAGAUGGGACACCCCAUGGCAGAGGAACUCCAAACAGCACAAUGAACAGUCAAAUCUGUUCAAUACGCAACCAGGCGGGACAUUUACUUUCCAUUUUCCUGUAUCCGCUAACCGUCAACGUCGUUCGAAUAGCUUGACCCCACCGGUAGUGCCGCCGCAUCACCUCGAAGUUGUCGACCGUACCAAUAACACGAAUACUUCAUGUAGACAUAAGCCACGGAGCUUUAGUGUCUCUGGAGAUCACGCCAGCAAUAUUAUUGGUUUGGGUCCACUAAGCCCGCAGAGUUCCUGUGCAAGUAGUGGUAGCGAGGGUCGUUUGGAUGAUGCUUCGAAUCGUUCGCUCGCGAGUGGCAUGAGAGAUGUACAAUUAUGGCUUAAAACAUUACGACUUCAUAAAUACAGUUAUUUGUUUGCUAACAUGAGUUAUGAAGAUAUGCUGCAAUUAACGGAGGAUCAAUUAGCGGAGCAAGGGGUUACGAAAGGUGCUAGGCACAAGCUAGCUCUCUCUAUCGCUAAACUGCAACAGCGAUACAACACGCUUGUAAAUCUGGAAAAAGGUUUGGUACAACCUAGUGCCCGCGACGGUAUGCAAAACAAUUCAUUCCCACAGAGCCCAUCGCUGCUCAUUAACACGAUGGAGGAACUUAAAACUAUUCUGGCCACACCUAUGAAGCCGAGUCAAGAGAGCGAUCCGCAAGAUAUUCCUGCACAGUUCACAAAAGUGCUUGGGAAAUUGUGUAGUAGACUGGCUUUGGAAAGCGUCGAGGACGGUAUUUUGUGUGCAUAUGUCAACAUUUUGGAAAAGGUGUUGCAACAUGAUUGUUUCACCUCGAAUCAGAAGGAGAAAGUGCAACAAUGGCGCAGUCGACUUGGCAAUCCGCGACCGACUCCGAAGUGGCAGCAUAAUUAUGGGUAUAAUAACAGGAGAUAUGGAAAUCCACAGCAACACAACAGGAAGCCGAGUUUGAAUCUGAACCACAUUCACAAUACCCAUUCACAUAACCAGUUUAUGAUUGCUUCGCAUAGAAACAGUAUAUCUACACCGUAUUUGCAAAAUAAUCAGAAUCAGAGUCAGAAUAUGAGUAAUGUGAAUACGAGUAACUUGCGCACGGUACAUACGACCGAGAAGAGACAGAGUUUGCAAGAGACUAGCAUGGAGCAAUUACAAAAAACGUUACAACGCGCGUACAGUGCACCGCGUGAUCAUUUCGUAGGACACUCUGCCAAUGGGACAAACGAGACGACGGAACCGGAAAUAAAUUCUCGCCUGGAAUCUCUUUGCUUGAGAAUGACUGAACAAGCGCUCGGUGGAUUCGGCGAAGCCUAAUCUUCCAUAUUCGUGCUUCGGGAUUUUCGAGUAAGUCUCGUAAAACCCUUUUCGGAUUUUUGACCUCUGAAAAUCGGAAGGAAAAUUCUGUUUGCCAAAGCGCGAGUCAUCUAUCUCGCGCUCGCUCGUGUUUUGGCAAACGUAUUUGAGUCAUCGUUUUAAAGUGAUACUCUGCAAUGGAGACGACGCAUAUUUUUUUUGUAUGCAAAUAUUCGCGUGUACACACACUUACGCUUUAAUGUCCAACCAAAUGGAAAAAAGAAAAAUGUCCGAAAUGUGCGACAUUCUGGGAGGGAGAGAUAAAGAUAAGUUUUUCUUUGACGCUCGAAACACUUUACAUGUACACACAUUUUUUAUUACAUUUGAGAGAAAUGCAAUUGUAUUAUUUAAUUGACAGAAUUUGGCAAGCCAAAUGUUAUUAGAAAGAUAGAUUCUUUCCUCGAUUAUUUGCUGCAACCGUAUAUAAAGAUAUUAUAUAAGAAAAAGUAUAUAUAUGUAUACACAACACGCAUAUACACGCGCGCGUAUAAUAGAAUUUUAUGAGUCAGAAAGAGAGAAAGAAAUUUUAAAUCAAUAUAAAAUACGAGGGAAGAAAGGUGAAAAAAAUAAUAACAUUUACAUCACCAUGCGAUGUUCUGCAAUAUUAUUUUUUGUGUUAUCCAUUUUAUGAUAAAAUGGAAUUCGUCUGAUUUUAAGCGCUGCGAAGAAACGUUAUAGUAACGUAAUUAUAAUUCCCUUUUAAUAACUUGACUGAUUUUACUUCUUUUUAUUAUUAUUACUAUAUUAUUAUUACUAUAUUUUUAUUAUUAUUACUAUCAACAUCACUAUUACUAGCGCUACUAUUGCUCCUACUACUAUUAUCGCUACACUAUUAUUACUAUUCUAUCACUAUCACUAUUUCCAUUACUAUCAUCGCUACUAUCACUCAUUACCGUUACUGUCGCUCUUUACUAUUACUAUACUCCGUCUAGAGAAUGAGCAUACUUAAAGGAUUGCCGCUUUGUCGCAUAAGUUAAUCUGCGCAUACUUUUGAAACUUAAUCUCAAUCUGUACCGAGAACGUACGGCCAACGUGCGGCGGCGUGUAUGCUUUGUAGUUGGCGCACAGAUCUCGUGAAUUUUUCAAUUUGAUUGACGGAUUUUAUACAUUUUUUCUGUUUUCUUGUUUUUGUAAGCUGUAAACAAGCUGUAAGCAAGUAAAUAUUCAAUAAUGGAUAUUAAAGGCCUUACGUGAAGUCUUCACAUCGUGAAGAGGGAAUGAGUAAACGUAUGAAGUGUAGAAAUUUGAUAUUAUAAAGUAGCAGCGAAAUUUCGAGGAGGUAGACUGGCGCUGUACGUUACGGCGCGACAUCGAAAUCUGUGGCUUUAAAUUAUAAGCAUACAUCGUAUCUAAUCUAUUUAGCAUGUGUAAAAGUAGCGUCGCGAGUAACGUAGCAUAAUAUUUUUUCGUGCAAGCAGAAAAUUAAAUUUAUUAAAUUGCAUAACACUAGCGAAUAAUAACCAAUUAAUCGUGAAGUAAGGAAAAAAUAUAUAUAUAAUGAAAGACUGAAUAAUUCACGCGCCACGAUCCGUCGAUAUUUAGAUUAUCUUGGAAUGCUUCACUGUCCCUUCCGUUCGCAUGGAUCUUGUGCGCGCGUGAAUAGAAUAAUUGGAGAAGACUGCGAAGAAAAGGAAAAACUUGUCAAAAUAAUUAAGAAUUAGCGAACCCGCGAGACAGAAUACUAGGAUUAAAGAGAUUUAAAAAAAAGGCGAAUGAAAAACGGAACAAGGUGAAAAUUAGUUAAUUAGUAUAUAUUAUAUUAGUGAUUAUUGUAACAAUUAUAUUCUGCUAGAGGAUAAUAUGUGUAAGAUCGCGCGGUGAUUUCUCGAAUCCAGGAGUAUCCUGCUACGUAAAAACUAUAAGAAUUGUCUAUAUUUAGUGAUAAUCGUAAACACACUGAAGGGGGAUUACCAUACUUAAUCAUCAUUUCGUUUCAUACACGCAGUAUCUUUUACUCGAUCAGCGGCAAUAGCACUAAAACUGUAUCCGAUCGGUUAUAUACAUAUAUAUUGCGAGGUCACUCCACGAAUUCCAAGAGAAACGAUCAAAAGCUAGUCAAACGAUAAGUUUCUAAUUUCUACCAGUAUAGUUAAUUAAUUGUACAUUAAAUCUACACACAUACACACAUUAUCAGAAUUAUAUGGGGCGACACACUCGUAUACAAUUCACAUCUUGUACACAGAGACACGUACACACUCGCAGAUACACACAUAUUUUACACAUACACAUAUCCAUUUUUAUAUUCGCCACGUCACACACGCAAUAAGCAAAGCGAUUCGAGCGAGAACGCAAGUGAAAAAGCUCAAAGACUGCUCCUAAGCGACAUCAGGAAUUUCAUUCAUCGUAGAAUUACUACUUAUAUAUUUCAUCUAAUCGAAAGCGCAGCAUCUAAUCUUCAACUGACAAAGGCAGGACCUGAAUUAUAAUAAAGGAUGCGAAGAGAUUUUAUCCGCAUAUACAUAUAGCGAUCUGAGCUAAGGAAAGGAAAAAAGAGAAAACGGAAAAAGGAAGAGAAACAAUGAUAUAAUCAAUCCUGCCGAGGAAGCCGCCGUUAUGUUAAUUUUCUGCCGAUCGAUUAUUAAUCCAUCAUCAUCAUCAUUGUUGUUUGUGUGAGCUUUACAGACUAGUAUAAACGUAUGUACUUAGUACUUUGCACAAUCUCUGUCAGGAUCGAUGGACGCCUGUCUUGCUCAAAAUUAACUGUCGGCGGCGGUUUGUUACGUGAUUUUGUGAAAGCGCGAAGAUGACUGAUUACGCGCGCGAACGAGCGAAGACGAACGGAUAAACAAAUCGGCGAGAUAUUUGACUGAAACGUUUGAUCGCAAAGUAGAGAAUCACAAGGAGACUAAUAUGCAUCCUAUGUAUAGGAAACAAACACUUCGAGUAAUUGUAAAAGAAGCGUUGUCUCUCAGUAUAAGAUAGAUGUUAAUAAUAAAUAUAAAAUGCACGUUUUGCAUUUUGGUUAUUAAAAAAUGCAAAAAUUUGACAGUCAUCGAAGUAAUGACCACAAUGAUAACAAAGUCCACCAAAAAAUGAACUAAAACACGAAAUUUUUCCAUUUAAAAAAAUCUGUACUUGCAUAUUAAUGAAGUAGUAAUGGAGAAGUAAUGGACCUAUUACUUCGCCUCUCUUAAUGCAAUAUCAAUUCUAUUAGUAUGUAAACUACUAACGAUUUAUAUUUGUAACUCCUUGCGAUUUUCCAGUUUGCCGAUUAUUUGCACAUGUGUGAACAUUUUAUUUGCUUGACUCGUUACAUUCAUAUCGAGUUUCUCUGGCUAUUCUAAUUUGGAUAGCGAUAAAAUGUACCACGCUCGUCGCGUUCUGUUAUCCGCUCGUUGACCUCGGUUCAGGAUAGUAGGUACGAAAGUAGAUAUGUACUUGGGUAAAACCUUCGCGGAUUAUUCUUUGGCCGGAGUAGACUUGCAGUAAUUAUCGACUGUUUAGGAAUUGUGCUGCUGAUGGAUUGCAGUAGUAGUAAUAAUAGAUUGUUGGAAUGAUUUUCCUCGAUUAUGAUUUCGAGGACAAGACGAUGCGAGUUUCCGGCUAAAGAUAUUCACGACGAGACCCGGAUAGCAAAUGGUAAUUAGAUCCAAUGUGGAUAAGUAUAGAACCGGUACGUCAUAGCGACUGAUUUUACUUUAAAGAAAGCGCGUCGCGCGACCGGAAAGCACGCCGCGAGACGCUUUUUUUCUUGUACGCGGGGUGCUCUCGUCCCGCUGGAGUACUAGUGUUCACGUUUUGCCGCAGCUUUUCCGGAUAAUAUUAGAUAAGUCGUAAUAAGACCCUUCGUCAGAUUGCUAGCCGGGAUACCUUAGUCAUAAGUAAGCUGGGGCAACUUGUAAAAAAUGCAAUUUUUGUACUGUUAUAAAAAGUUACAUAGACGAAGGUACACUGACGUUGUAGCGUGAAAGAACAUUUUUCAAUAAAAGAUUUUUCAUACGCAUA